UUUUCCAGUCCUGCCACGGCCACUCUGGCUGGGCAGGCCUUCCUUUUUGAUCUUUGUUGGUCCUAACCCUAACCCUAUGUAUUUCUAAAAACAAAUAUACUAUCAUAUCAUUCACUGCAUCCACCCAUGUGAGUUCAUGCACAUAUAUUGUGAUUCCCGGCGCUCAGAUUAUCAUCAUGGCCCCCAUCAUCCGACCAGCCACAAAAGCUGACCAGUCUGCCCUAUCCAACAUUUGCUUGCUCACCGCAAAUGCAGGCACAUCGUCCGAGCACUUACAUUCCCAUCCUGCCCUCCCAGGCCUUAUCUACGCGCUCCCCUACCUCAACCUUGGAUCAACAUGGGGUUUCGUGCUUGACAACGACGGAGAAGUCGUAGGGUAUACUCUCGGCGCGUUAGACACCCACAAAUUCGAGGAGAGUGCAGAAGCAGACUGGUGGCCCUCGCUCAGAGCCCGUUACGCGCCCUUACUGCAAGACUCUGAGGCAGCUCUCACGCCUGCGGAUAGAGCUUAUAUCAACACCAUAACCACCUUCCCAAAAGCAAGUGAUGCAAUGAUGGCGUUUGCACCUGCACAUCUGCACAUCGACAUUCUGCCAAGCCAUCAGCGGCAAGGAUGGGGGCGGAAGUUGAUUGCACGCGCGAUAGAGAAUUUGAAAGAAAAUGGUGUCAAGAGCGUUUGGUUGGGCAUGGAUCCGAAGAAUACAGAGGCGGCCGCGUUUUAUACCCGAUUGGGUUUCAGGAAGUUUGAGGGCGCAGAGGAGGGCAUCAUGGGUAUCACGGUGCAGGAGUGGGAGGAGUAUACCGUUUAAAGUUCAACUGCGAAUACAGAACGGUCCUUGAUGACGCUGAUACUGGGCACUCUUAGUGAACAAUUGUAGAGUCGAAUAUCCGAGAUGUGGUGAGCUGUAUGCUGUC